AUGCCCAGAAUCGCCAUCAUCGGUGCCGGCCCAGCAGGUCUUACCCUCGCCCUCCUCCUCCACAAGCACAACAUCCCAUCAACUAUCUUCGAGCUCCGCCAAAAGCUGACGGACGAAACCCUCUCUGAACCAGCCGGCUCGCUCGACCUCCACGAAGGAUCCGGUUUAACCGCCAUACGGGAAUGCAAUGUAUUCGACGAAUUUACCUCGCUCACGGGCGACUGCACGGAGGAACUGAGAAUCGCCGAUAAAAAUGGGAAUAUCAUCUACGAGGAUAAAGGGGAAUUGAGUAACCGUCCCGAGAUUGCUAGACCUAAGAUCAUCAAGCUUCUGAUCGAUCAUUUACCUGUUGAAAGUGUGAAAUGGGGAUAUAGACUUGUCCGUGCAAGGCGGAUUCAGAGUUCUCCUUGGAAUCCAGACGCCAAUGCAAAUGCAAAAACUGAAAUCGAACUCGACUUUGGCGAAAAUGGAAAACACACCUUUGACUUCGUCAUUGGUGCCGAUGGCGCCUGGUCGAGGGUUCGUGCCGCAUUGCUGACGAACGUGCAACCGCAGUACGCAGGGAUGCACCUCAUAACCUUGGACAUCAGACAGAUCACGACGAAAUAUCCUCAUCUGGCUGAGUACAUCGGACAGGGAACCUUCAAUUCCCUGGGACACGGACACGGGGUAUGUGCGCAACGAUCCGUGCAGGACUCGGCGAGGAUCUACAUCUUUCUUUCGACGGAUGACGAGAAUUUCACUACUACAACCGGGUUGAAGGACAUGACACACGUAGAUGCUGGAAAACAUCUCCUCAAUGACAAUUCCCUGUUCGGCGACUGGGGAACCAGAGCCAAAGAACUCAUUUCAGUAGCAUGCAAUGACGAAACAUCCAACAAACCCAACGCAAAAAUAAACAUCAGACCUCUCUACAAACUCCCCAAUGGACACAAAUGGCCACAUCAAUGCGACGCAACAGCCAUUGGGGACGCGGCGCAUCUCAUGAACCCGCCCGCUGGCGAAGGCGUCAACAUUGCCAUGCUAGACGCACUGUUGCUGUCACAGGCUAUUAUCAAAGCUCAUGAGACGGCUGCAGCCCAUGAUGUCGAUUGCGGUUUAUUCUUGGAUGCGCUCGAUCCAUUUCUGAAGGAGUUCGAGGCUCAUAUGGCUGUCAGGGCGAAGGAGAUGGCGAAACACACAGCGGAAAUUUCUGGGAUGAUGUUUGGUGGUGAGGAUGGGGCGAGUGUUUUGGCGGAUUGGUUUAAGAGUUUUCAAGCAGGGACUUCAUAG